AUGGCUCAUCAAGACGGUCCCCAUGACCACCAGGACACCGGCUCCAACGAGCGCGGCUUCGUGCCACCGACGACCAGGACCUUCCUGGGUACUGCUGCUGAGAACGUCGACGACAACAACCGCGGAUCCAGCAGGAUCGGCAGCCCGGUGGGCAUGAAUGCCGACGAGGGGAAGGGCGCCGUCCCGAAGGCCAUCCAGCAAGGUGGAGAUGAUGGCUCAGCCAGCGGCGGCAAGGCCGACUCCGGCACAUCCGAAGGUAAGCAACACUUGGCAACAGGCGCCGCAGCUGCCGCCGGCGCUGCUGGAGACGACUCCGCCUCCAACAAGGGUAAGAGCGCCGCCUUGUCUGCUGACGACGACGGCGAGCUCAAGGUGCACAUCAUCAUGGAGCGGGAGCGCCGGAGGCGGAUGAAGCAGAUGUUCAACACCCUCCAUGAGCUGAUGCCCCACGUCUCCAAUAAGGUUGACAAGGCGACCCUGGUCGGAGAGACGAUCAACUUCAUCAAGACCCUGGAGGAGACCAAAGCCCAGCUGGAGAAGAAGGUGGAGCAAGCGCUCGCGCAGCAGGCAGCCACCGAGGCCGCCGCCGUGGGGGCGUCCUCCUUAUCGGUGCUGCGCACCGCGCACGGGAUGGCGGCCCUGUCGGACGGCUGGGACCCCGUGCCUCCGCAGCAACCUGCUGCGCCUGCGGCGGCGGCGACGGGGCCGGUCGCCGGGUUCCAAACCUGGUCCACACAGAACGUCGUGCUGAGUGUGCUGAACGAGGAGGCGAUCAUCAACGUGUGCGCUCCACGGCAGCGCGGCCUGCUGACAAUGGUGGUGUCCGUGCUGAGCAAGCACGGGAUCGACGUCAUCUCGGUUCAGGUUGGGGCCGACGACGCCCAGAGCUUCUUCAACAUCUAUACCCGUGUGAAUGGAGCUGGUGGCGAAAACCCAUUGGUGGAGGAUACAUACAAGUUGGCAGUGUCGGAGAUCAUGGUGAGGCUCUCUAACUAGACCGGCAUCACCAUCGGGGCCUCAACAGUCUCUCAUCAGGCUGCAUCACUUCCCCUCAAUCUGCUUAGCUUUGCUGCCCUCUAGACUGGAGUUGUUCGAGUAACGCAGCUUGUUUAAUUAAUUUGCAUUCUCUAUUUGAAGAUUUGAGGAUUGUGCAUGCUCUAUAUGCAUGUCUCUUGUCAGGUCGGGUUGAUCUGAGAACCGAUGCUUGCUUGUGUGUGUGUAUGUUGAAGUUUGUUGACAUCAUUGGUCGUGUCAUGUAUUAAGUAUUGUGUAUUAUCUUGA